AUGCACACCGCGACACUCACAACCACCCUCCUCGCCUUCACCGGCCUAGCGAUCUCCACCUCCAUCCCCAUCAAUGACCACAAUCUUGCCCUCCUCAAGCGCGAUAUCGGCCCAGUCACGUACUGCUCCGCACCCAGCAUCUGCUCCCCGCUCUCAGUCUCCGCCGCCAAGUGCGAGACCUUGGCCCGGGGCUACAGCGACUGGACUAUUCCCGAGGGCACGAAGUGCGACCUCUACAACCUGGGGAGUUGCGACAAGGCGUUCGACACCGGCGCGGGCAAGCUCCACAACGUCGAGGGGCACAUCGACACGACGACGGACCCGAGGGCGAAGAAUAAGGAUGUUCCUACCGUUCUGAGCCUCAGAGGCAGGGCUGACAACUGA